GCAAUUAAGUCUGUUUUCAGGCACAAGACUGGAAUGUAACACACUCAGUUAAAGUAAACCAAAUUAAUCAGAGACAGUCUGCUUCUCUCUUCAAAACAUUAAAAGAAAGAAAGAAAGGAAAAAAGGAAAAAGGAAAGAAACACAAAACCGCUGCACAAUAAGGAACAUCCACUCUCCCCUUAUUCUCACCUCACACUCACAAAGUGACUUGUUUUGCUUGUGUAUUGAGAAGAACCCCAGAGACCCUUCACCCAGAUUUACUUAUUGUUAACAUUUUGCCACACUUGCACUCUCUCGCUAUAUAUAUAUAUGUAUAUACACAUUUUUUGGAGCCAUUUGAGAGUAGGUUGCAGACAUCAUGCCCCUAAUUAUUUCAGCAUAUAUUCCCCCAAAACAAGGGCAGUCUCUUACAUAACCCAGUAUAAUAAUAAUAAUAAAAAAGUUUAACAUGGAUACAACGCUAUUAUCUAACAUACAAAUGUUGCUGUCUCAAUAUUGCCCUUUAAUGUAAUUCCCCCCCACCCCCACCCCCAGGAUCCAAUCCAGGACCAUGUAUUGCAUUUCAUUAUCGUGUCUUUUUAGUCUCCUUUAAUCUGCAACAGUUCCUCAGCUUUUCUUUGUCUUUCGUGACACAGACAUUUUUGGAAGAGCACAGACACGUUAUUCUGUAACCCUCAGAUGGGUAUGUCUGAUGUUUCCUCAUGAUUAACUUUAUACGUUUCUGACCGGAUGGUGAUGCUGUGUCCUUCUCACUACAUCACUGCGGGAGGUGUGCAACGGAUGUCAGUUUGUCCCGUUAUUGAGGUUAACAUGGACCACUUGGUUAAGGUGGUGUGGCAGAGUUUCUCUACUAUAGAGUUACUAUUUCCCCCUUCCCUCCUUUUUAAUUAUCAAGUAAUUUGUGGCUCUUUAUGUGAAAGUCCUCGAAUGUCCUUACAAUUUCAUGGGAUAAAAAAGGCGAGGCUUUCCCUUUAGGAAAUGGAUACCUAUUUCUUGCCGAAGAGAUCCAGCAGAUAGCCUUUAGCGGUACCAGCCUUUGUCAAUAAAGUUACGGGAACGUGAACCUUUCCGGAAGGGCUGAGUCGGUCGUGCCGCAAGGCCUUUAGGGAAAUGUAGUCGCCUUGGGAGAUCGCGGCUAAACGCCACCCAGUGGCGUCCCGGAGAAAGAGCCAGAAGCCGAAAAGGGAGGGCAAAGAUUGAGCAGCGGAGGCGCUCUAGGACGCGUGCAUCACGGGAAUGGUAGUUCAAGGGAGCGGUCCUGCGGCGUCCCGCCGCGCCCCGUGCAGCAGGAUUGGACUACUAUACCCGAAAGGCCACGCGCGCGGGGGAAUGGGAAGUCGGCCUGGGCCUCCAACAAAUCAAAUCGAAGGAAAGAAACUGCCGGCUUUCAAAAUCGUCCUCCUCCGCCAUCAUCCGCCGCCGUGCGGGGAGCAGGUGGUGUCGGAGGCGCGAGCGGCGAGGAUCGCUCCGAGCGCUGAAGGACAAGUGGGCUGGCCCUCGGGGCCGCUGGACUGGAGGUGGAGACCCCGACCUGACCUGACCCGGGCCCUAAGUCAGUCCCCGCCCCGCCGGACUGACGCGCGCGCCCCGGUCGCCCCACGCGGCGGCGCCGCCUGUUUACGUUUGCAGAUUUCCAAGGGAGCCUACCAACGUGGCCAACAUGGCCUCUGAAGACAUUGCCAAGCUAGCAGAGACGCUAGCCAAAACCCAGGUGGCCGGGGGACAGCUGAGUUUCAAGGGCAAGAGCCUCAAGCUCAACACUGCUGAAGAUGCCAAAGACGUGAUUAAGGAAAUAGAAGAUUUUGACGGCUUAGAGGCCCUGCGCCUGGAGGGCAACACGGUGGGUGUGGAAGCAGCCAGGGUCAUUGCCAAGGCCUUGGAGAAGAAGCCUGAGUUGAAGCGAUGCCACUGGAGCGACAUGUUCACGGGGAGGCUGCGGUCCGAGAUCCCACCCGCGCUGAUCUCACUCGGGGAGGGACUCAUCACAGCCGGGGCCCAGCUGGUGGAGCUGGACCUGAGUGACAAUGCAUUCGGGCCCGAUGGCGUGCGAGGCUUCGAGGCCCUGCUCAAGAGCUCCGCCUGCUUCACCCUGCACGAACUCAAGCUCAACAACUGUGGCAUGGGCAUCGGGGGCGGCAAGAUCCUGGCAGCAGCUCUGACUGAGUGUCAUCGGAAAUCCAGCGCCCAGGGCAAGCCGCUGGCCCUGAGGGUCUUUGUGGCUGGCAGAAACCGCCUGGAGAACGACGGAGCCACCGCCUUGGCAGAGGCUUUUGGGAUCAUCGGGACACUGGAGGAGGUCCACAUGCCACAGAACGGGAUCAAUCACCCUGGUGUCACUGCCUUGGCCCAGGCAUUCGCCAUCAACCCCCUGCUGCGGGUCAUCAACCUCAAUGACAACACCUUCACUGAGAAGGGCGCCGUGGCCAUGGCCAAGACGUUGAAGACCUUGCGGCAGGUGGAAGUGAUCAACUUCGGGGACUGCCUGGUGCGCUCCAAGGGUGCCGUCGCCAUCGCAGAUGCCAUCCGCGGGGGCCUGCCAAAGCUGAAGGAGCUGAACUUGUCAUUUGGUGAAAUCAAGAGAGAUGCUGCUCUGUCUGUUGCCGAGGCCGUGGCGGACAAGGCGCAGCUCGAGAAACUGGACCUCAACGGCAACACUCUGGGGGGAGAAGGCUGCGAGCAGCUCCAGGAGGUGCUGGACGGCUUCAACAUGGCCAGGGUACUGGCAUCCCUCAGUGAUGACGAGGGCGACGAUGACGAGGAGGAGGAGGAAGAAGAGGAGGAAGAGGAGGAAGAAGAUGAAGAAGAAGAGGAGGAGGAGGAAGAGGAAGACGAGGAGGAGGAGGAAGAGCCACAGCAGGGAGAGCAAAGAGAGGAGUCAGCCACACCAUCCAGGAAGAUCCUGGACCCUAACAGUGGGGAACCAGCUCCUGUCCUGUCCUGCCCGCCUCCCGCAGACGUCUCCACCUUCCUGGCCUUCCCCUCCCCGGAGAAGCUGCUGCGCCUGGGGCCCAAGAGUUCUGUGCUGAUAGCGCAGCAGACUGACACAUCUGAUCCGGAGAAGGUGGUCUCUGCCUUCCUGAAGGUGUCUUCUGUGUUCAAGGACGAAGCCACAGUGAGGACAGCGGUGCAGGAUGCAGUAGAUGCCUUGAUGAAGAAGGCCUUCAGCUCAUCCUCCUUCAACUCCAAUGCCUUCCUCACCAGGCUCCUCAUCCACAUGGGGCUACUCAAGAGUGAAGACAAGAUCAAGGCCAUUGCCAACCUGUACGGCCCCCUGAUGGCGCUGAAUCACAUGGUACAGCAGGACUACUUCCCCAAGGCCCUCGCCCCCCUUCUGCUGGCAUUCGUGACCAAGCCCAACGGCGCCCUGGAAUCCUGCUCCUUUGCCCGCCACAGUCUACUGCAGACGCUGUACAAGGUCUAGACGCAAAGCUGGCCUCUCCCCACUGCUCGGCCUGGACCAGUGACGUGGGGAGGACUCAGAUGCAGGACUCUGGCCAGCAGCAGGGAGGGUCUCUGUCACGUGUGUCGUGUCCCCCGAGCGUGUGUGGGUGUGGCGUGUGCGCAGGUGUGUGCUGCUUGUUGGGGUGUGGGCUUUUACUGCCUCCUUGCUGGACUGGCCCUGGUCCUGCUGGAGGGGAGCUGCCCAGGCGAGAGGGCUGCAGGCUGCUCUGCCAUUAAACCCACCGCCCUCUGAGGACUGGCGUGUGCUGACAUGUGCCCUGGCGGCUGUCCCCGCCCACCUCACCUUCCUUACCCUCCAGGGUUGCACCAGAGCCUGGGGAGCUGCUGUCCUCUCCCCCUUUGUUGGGGCUGGUGUUUCCUGCCCUGUCUGGGGCUGCUCACUCGAUGGCUGCCUCUGCUUCCUGUCACCAAGCCUGCAGCCAUCACUCUCCCUACCAUCCAUCCCUGCCGUGCUGACCCUUCAGCCUGAGGGCCAAGGUUACUGUGGGUGGGGCCGUGGGGUGGUCGGCAGAGGGCAAGAGCCUGCACCCACACCGUGUGGACAGGAAGAGACGCCAGUGGGUCUAGGAGCUGGACUUGCCUGGACGGCGCUGGCUGCACACCCAGUGGGCCCUUCUCUGCUGCUGAGAUGUCCAUGACCAGCCUGGGGGCCAAGCUGGAGGGGGCAUCUGGGCAGGCCCAAACCUGUCCUCCAGCCUGGGGGUCAGGGACAGGGCCCACUGAUACCUGAGCUGCAUCUUGUUCGGGGCGGGGUGGGGGCUGGGCUGGGCUGGGCUGGAGAUGCCCUGUGACACCCCGUGCUUUCCCCUUGUGCUCUUUAUGUGUCUGGGCUGUGCCCAUGGCUUCACAAAUAAAGUCAUAAUGUAGCAACCUUGGAGACUGAGAAGCUUUUCACCAAAAGUGGACUGUGUUCAAGGCCUUGGUA